UUUGAAAAGCUACCCUAAUCAUUGAAAAUGAAACGUGAUUUUAAUUAUACCCAUGUAUACUGUGGAUCUUCACCAUUAAAACUAACUGGAACAGAAGCAACACCAGAAGAGCCUGAGAGUUACAAUGAAAAAUACAAAGGCUAUACCAAAGAAAAGCUCUUCUAUGGUGACCUGCAUCAUGGAAGUUCCAAGAGUUUUAACCUCAAAAGUGGAGAAAAGCUUAUGCAUAAUAAAGAAAACCAAAAAGUAUCAUGGGGGCAUAUUGAGAGCACCAAUGAAAUUGACAAUGAAAACGACAGUGGAUACUCCUCUUUGUUGGGUAUUCAGCACAAACCCAGUGAUAAUGAUGACAGUGUGCUAUUAGCAGGGAAUAUCAACAAUAUACCAAAUCAUAGUUUCAGUCCAAGGAAGAAUUUACUACCAGUCCUCCAUUUUGAAGAACUUGUCUGCUCAACUUUGAAAAAAACUAACAAACGGAAUCCAAAGUCAUGGGCCCUUUUCUUAGAUAAAUUGACUUCAAGGAAAAUGGAAUUUGUGAAUCUGAUUGGCAAAAAAAUGGGAUUAGAUAAGCUAGAUAUUCUUGGAGAAUUAUUUCAUGGGAAAUUCAGACAUCUGUUAGCAAACAUCUUAAUGCAUCUUAACUCUACAGACUUGAUAAACAUGGCUAAAGUUAGCGUUACAUGGAAGAAAAUUCUUCUUGGUGACAAGUGGGCUUUUCAGAUGUAUAACAAAGCACUAAAACUCAGUUUGAAUAGCAACACAGUAGCUGCCAAACAGUGUGAUACAAGGGAGUAUGCCCUCCAUCGUGAACCAUUAAUGUAUAUUCAGAAAGUAGCACCUAAACAAAUCAACUUUUCUAAAAAAACAUCCCGAAUGAAAGCAAACGCUCAGACCUCUUCUUUCAGCCGGCAUUCACAAUUUUCUGAGGUUGCAAAGACUUUGAAGAAUACUGAGAGUCUGAAAGUUUGCCAUCGCUGUGGUUCCCCUGCAAAAUAUGAUUCCCAUCUGCAAAGGGCAACGUGUGUCCGAGAAAGCUGUGGUUUUGACUUUUGCACAAAGUGCAUGUGCAGCUACCAUAGUGCCAAGGAUUGUUGCAUCAUUGGAAUGCCAGUAAAAACAUCUUUCAGACUAGGACCUCUUCCUUGCAGCAAAAAAAGCAAACAGAAUUUACGGAGGCUAUAAUUUUCCUGAUACAAAUUCUAGCUAGAGUCUCGUAUUUUGCUAGUAGGUUCAGAAGAGGAGUGAAUGUGAAAGUUGUGGUUGUCUAAUUUAAAAAAUGCAGUGGUUUUUUUAAAAAAAAAAUGAAUUUUAAAUAUAUUUUUUCAGAGGUCCUCUUCUCCCCUUUUUAGGAGGAUGUUUAGAAUUUUUAAAUUGCUUCUACAUUUACAUGGAAACUAUGUGGCAACCUUGACUUAACAAAUAGACCACAGUGGAUUUUUAUUAAGUUGGGGGUAGUAACAUUUGUUUUUAAAAGUUGCUUGUUAUAUGGUCUCUAUCUCUAUGCCUAUAUAAAAAGCCUUUCGGUGGUUUUUACAAUACAAUCUAUAAUAAGGAAAUGAUAUUUAAUGUAUUUGCAAUGCCAAAUUUUUAUUAACUGAAUUUCAUCUGAUUAAAACAUUGAACAGUAGUAGAAGUUUUUAUAACCAUACUUGUCCUGAUAGCUGCUGAAACUUAGUGUUGUCCUGUCCCAUUUCAUCUUCAUUACUAGGUAAAGAUGCCUAGAAAUGUAUAUAAUUGUAAAUACUUAAAUAUUUUUAUAUG